CGUUCUAGUUAGAGGGUAAGUGCGCUUAUUGAGGCACAGCCGCUGUGUUAGCUUAGCUAGGCAAGGCUAGGCUAGCUGUGAUAGCAAUCUGAUCAUGGAACAGGGAAAUAGGCGCCAACUGCCAGUCUUACUCAUUCUGGAGCAGAAAAGCUUAUAAAAUUAAAAGGCGACCACGGUUGUAAGAGAGCCAUGGAGAAGGAGAAAGAGGCACAGGGAGGUGAAGGACCCUCCGGGCAGCAGAAGAUGGAAGAGAAUAUUUCCAACAUUGAGGACAAAAAAAGCCUGUCCAGCAGCACAGACAUUAGAGAUAACGGCACAGACCGCAGUGCUGGACAAGCCUUGAGUGAAACAGGCAGUGAGCCUGUAAAAGGUGUAGAUGAGCCUCCAGCUGACUGGUUUGAACCUCUGGAGGAGGACUGUGCUGAUGAGGAUGCCCAAAGCUGCGACCUGGACAUGGAGAGCCUGGCCGGGAGUGAGCGGAGUGGGAGUGUGGCGGGCAGUGAGUGGAACCACACAGGAAGCGGAACAGUGGGAAGGGGAAGAAAACCACCACGGCGGCGGGUCGGAGAUGAGGACUGGGAGGACUGGCCGAUACUGGGUGAAGGCUGGAAACGCAGAGUGGUUUUACGCCGCUCUGGUAUGAGCAUGGGGCAGAUAGACACGUACUACAUGAGCCCUAAAGGUGAAAGAGUGCGGAGUAAGAUUGAGCUGCUGAAAUGCAUUAAGAAUACGAUUGACCUUACAAACUUCGACUUCAAAAUGGGGAAAUUUUUCGAUGGUGAACCGCCAAAAAGAGGACCAAGGAAGCGCAGGAUGGGACGGUCGUCUCCAGCCGAUUGUGGCUUUUCUUCUGAAUCGAGUUUUCAGAAUGAAUCAGCAGACGCUGCUGACCGCACCUACAGUCCGGGCCCCAUGUUCAACCUUGGUCAGUCUGCUCAGAACAGGGUCAGUUCACCCUCUAAACAAAAGGACAGUACUUCUAGUCCAGCCAAAUCCAAUGAUGACCCAGGCUUGGACCUCAGAACCCCUUCCACCACCCCAAACAGCCAAAAUGGCCCAUCUAAUGGAGGAUUUCCUUCAAAACCAUCAGACGUGCCUGUUCGCCCCAAGAAUGACACAGCAUACAUCCCACCUAAUGCUGUCCUUGGGUAUGACUACACUACACUUCUGUGUGUGCACACUUGUGUCAUCUGUGUAAGAUGUAGGAACUCGUUUACAGGUGUAGAGGGACAGACCAUGUGUGGGAAAUGCAGCAGAGCAUGCAACGCCUCUAAAGACAACCGCAACAUUAUCUUCAGAAAGUGGCUUCCUUGUGGGUUUUGCCGAGCCUGCCAGCUGACAGAGGAUUGUGGGACGUGUGCCAGCUGCAGGAAUGGAAAAUUGAACCCUGAUGCUAGAAGGCCUGUUCGGUGCCGCAAGAGGAAAUGCUUAUGCCCCACUCUCAAGAGGAAAUCUGAAGAUAUGCCUCCUGCGACACAGUAUGGUUCAAUGCUACCCAGACCAGAAAGACGCUUGUCAGAAAGAUCUGAAACUACGAGCACAGUCUCCAAGAUGUCUGCUCUGCAGUACAGUGACUCAGAUGAGCAUUCGCCGUUUUAUGACGAUGAUGAUGAAGAGGAGGAAGAGAGGGUGGUAAAGAAGCAGAGGCGUUCCUGUGGUCGGUGUAAAGGCUGCGUGUCUAAAGCAGACUGUGGAAUCUGUGAUUUCUGCAUAGAUAAGCCCAAAUUCGGAGGCAGCAAUAAGAAAAGACAGAAGUGCCGUCGACGUCAGUGCCAAAGAGAAGCUAUGAGACACCUGCUGCCUGAUUCGGGUCACACUCCGGUGCUCACUCCGCAGGGCUGGGUGGUCCCUGGGAGACCCAGACCGAUUUAUGCUUAUGGUCGAAAGAAAGCCCACCAGAGCCGAGAGAAGUGGGACUUUGACUUCUCAGAUAAUGAAGGAGAGCCGGAGAGGAGGAUAAAAGGUCCUGCUGGAAUGCUUCACCUGGACAGAGACAAGAUCAGCAGUUCAAAUUACAAGGGACAACUAAGCCUUCCGCUGAACACAGCCCGAUCGAACAAGAUUGCUGAAAACGGCCUUCAAGCCAAAAGCUCCAAAAUCCUUCCAGUCGUAGGGGCAGAGGUUGGGGCCCGGCCAGUGAUUACUGAGGCACGGUUUGAGGAGGAGCCCUUGCGACCAAGAGCAGAGGAGAGGACUCUGCAGGGCUAUAAGAAGCAGGAACACACAGAGGAGCAGGAGGAAGACGAAGCUGGACCAACAAUCACUCAGAUUUUCAGCCUGGGCAGCAGUGAUACUGGGGUUGGUGGGGUGGACCUUGAGCCAGAGCUGCUAGAGCUGUUGUCAUCACUGCGUCGGGCUGUGCUCCCUGUGUUAUGGUGCCCUGUGCUGGUCGAGGGUCCGCGGCUGCAGUUGCUGCAGUGCUCCAAAGUAUCUGCUAUGGCGGACACAGCAGUAUACAUAGAGCCUAACUUUCGCUUCCACAUCAGUGUCCAAGGCCAGCCACUGCUACCCACACAUAGGCUCUAUUUAGUCCACCCUCCCCGCCUCAGCUCUGCCGCGCAGGUCGCUGCCCUGCUGGAGGAUUUAGAACGGUAUACAGUGUGCAGAGGUUUUGAGACAGAGCCGCCCACAGGCCUGGAGCCCAUUAUCCAGGAAAGAGCCGCAACCUGCGAGUUUCUGGUGCUGCCAGACGCCAAGCGCUGUGCCCGGUGUAAGAGUGGCGAGCAGAAACAGUGACGUUAAUGCGUGAUUAUGGGGUGCAGACUGCUUUGCUGCUGAUUUCUAUUAUAGUUCUGGUUUCUACCAAGAGGGAUUUCUCCCAUUUCAGUGGACUUAUCCAUGCUUUGAGUUCUUUGCUCUGCAUUCUUUUGUAACAACUGUUGCUAGGUUGGACAAGCUUUAUAGAACUCUGGCUCAAAAAGCUCCAUUCAACCACAUAAUUCAUUUUUUUUUCUAAAUAACUGCAUGCAGAAAAAUCAUUUAAAAAAAACUGUUAGGAUAGAUGGGGUGUUUUUAUUUUUGUUUUGUUUUUUUUUCUUGUCAUGUGAUCAUUGUUUUUGGCAAUAAACUUGGCAAACUAGUGUUGCGUGGCUGAAGUGACUCUAAGUGAUUUGCCCUCAAUUUCCCCCUAGUAUCUGCCUAAUAUAUUGACAUUACAGCAUAAACAAUAAGUGCCUCAAUAAAGUCAAGCUAUUCUGUGGCAGUGACAGAGAGGGGCAGAUAGAGGUGCAAAUCUUUAGAUCUUAAUGAAAAAUCAUAAGCCAAUCUUUAUGAAAUUAAGCGAUUCAUGAAUGCUUGCUGUAGCUGUAAGGAAGAUUGUUAUUGCGAAAGGGAAAAUAGCUACACCCAGUCUAUCCCAACAUUGUGACCUUUCACACACAUUGAAAUAAAUUGUUUGCUACAGCCAGGAGUCCAGGAGAGCAAGAUUGGCCUUGCUGUCUCUGGGUGGGGAUGAUUGUCCUCCCUGUCCCCAUCAUCUCAGCAUGAUGCCAGCUAACCUAGGUGUCUGUUGGCUAACAUAACAGCAGUUAGUGUUUUCCUAUGUUAGCGGCAGUUCUAAAAGAUUUGGUGACUUCCCUCAGUCUCCUCGUGCUAUCGUGUGGCUGGGGGAGACCUAGCUAGUGGAAUUGGACAUGACUAAAAUUUAGGGAGAAAAUUGGGAAAAAUUGCAAAAUAAUUAAUAAUGUGCUCUAAAUGUAGGUAUUUUGAGAAAAUUGAGUUAUGACGUACAGUUUCUCACUAGACUGAAAGUGUUUUUUGCCACUGUAAACUUACCCAACUUCAUAACAGUAGCUACGAAACAGAGCAUAGAUAGGCCAAUUUAGUGUUAAUCACUGUGACAUCAAAUAAAUCAGUCUGGAGAAAUGAGAGAAUGUUCACUCUGCUGCCGUUCACAAAAUCCUUAUAUGUGGUACAAGUGAUGCCCUAUUGCUUUAACAGCAACAUACUUUUGUGUCAUGCUACACAGAACACAGUAUUUUUACUGCUCUACAGCUGCAAGCCAUCUUUAGCAAGGUGAUUCCUUUUAAAACAGUUGUGUUCAUUAAUCAUUGUACUUUGUAUUAAAACAAUAGUCCAAUAUUUUUCUCAUCAACAGUUUUGUUUUUGUUUUUAAACAUUGUUUGAAAUGCUUCUCAAAUAUAUCAUGGUGUGAUAAUUUCCUUUCCCUAGGCUUCCACAGGGCAUAGAAGUCCCAGGUUUCAAAUUCAAAGUGGUCUUGUACAACGGCAAACAUAAGAACAUUUCAGUGACAUCCCAUUCUCAUGUUAUUGUGUAAAUUCUAAAUGCAUAUUUUAACGGGCCCAUGUCUUACAUUUUUUUUGUAUUUAACCAUGUCAUUUCAACCAUGAGGUCCACUUAAGACUUUUGUGCGGGGUUAUGUACUCAAAACUGUUAGAAUUGCUUUCUACAUGAUCAUUUUGUUAAUUCCUUAGAAAUAAACUAGCUUUUUUGUUACUGUGCCUUUACGAGUGAAAUAUGUGAAUGAUUUCUGUUCUGAUUGGCUACUCUGUAUUGUCAUGUAAAAAAAAGUUGUCCAGGCUGAGCCAUUUCUUACAAAUUCAGCAUGUAUGGGUGGGACUAAACUGAUGUAGGUAAAUGCAGUGGUUUUCAUGUCGUCACAAGAACAAUGAAUUCAAAAUGGGCUGUUUUUGUAGUUUAGUUUACACCUGUGGACUGUAUUAACUGGGAAGUGAAUGGUAUAUAUAAAUUUAACUGUGUUUACAUAUUGCAUAAAACUCUCAUUU